AUGAGAAAUCACAGCGCUGUCUGUGAGUUCAUUCUUCUUGGGCUAUCCACCGACCCGUACAUUGAGCCUCUACUAUUUGUUCUGUUCCUUGUGGUUUACCUCCUCACUGUGGUGGGAAACUCCUUGCUGCUGCUUGUGAUCACAGCUGAUUCUCAGCUCCACACACCGAUGUCUUUCUUCCUGAGACAGCUGUCCUUCACAGACCUCUGCCACUCAUCUGUCACGGCCCCCAAGAUGCUGGAGAAUAUACUUUCUGAGGAGAAAACCAUCUUUGUUGAAAGCUGCUUGGCCCAGGCCUUCUUUGUGUUCGCCACUGGUGGCACUGAGUCCUGCCUGCUUGCCGCAACGGCCUAUGAUCGCUACGUCGCCAUCGGCUCACCUUUGCUCUACAGCCAGGUGAUGAGUAACCAGCUCUGUGUGGGGCUGAUGUGGGUCUCCUGGGGUCUGGCCGUUGCUGAUGCUCUCCUCAAUAGCCUUCUGGCUGCCAGUUUAGAUUUCUGCGAGGGCCAGAGUAUCCCUCACUUCAGCUGUGAGCUGGCUUCUGUCUUCCGUCUGUCUUGCUCUGAUACCUCGACCAACUUCAUACUCCUGCUGUGCUCCUCGGUCCUGCAUUUCUUCAGAACCCUGGCUGUGACUGUUUGCUCCUACGCCCGCAUUGUCUCCACCGUCUUGAGCGUCAGGUCCAGCACCGGGAGGAGCAAGGCCUUCUCUACCUGUUCCUCCCACCUCACCACUGUCAUCUUGUUCCACGGCUCAGGUUUCAUCAGUUAUCUCUUCCCUGCUUCAGGCUCCCCCCUGGAAAAGGUCUUCUCCUUGCAGUACAGUGUCAUCACCCCCAUGCUGAACCCCCUCAUUUACAGCCUGAAGAACAAGGAGGUGAAGGCGGCGGUGGCAAGGAUGAUCAGAAAGCACUUUCAACCUCUUAAACAUCAGACACAACGUUGUGUGAUAAAAUAG